AUGGUGGCCAAGGACUAUCCCUUUUACCUCUCCGUCAAGAGAGCAAACUGUGCCCUGGAAGUGCAGCCGGUGACCAGCCCAGCUAAAGAGACGGAGGAGCCCAGUAACAAACGGGUGAAGCCACUUUCCAGAGUCACAUCACUGGCGAGUCUCAUUCCUCCUGUGCGAGCCACUCAAAAAAGGUUCAGCCAGACACUUCAGCGUUCUAUCAGUUUCCGUAGCGAGAGUCGCCCAGACCUGUUCAGUCCACGAUCAUGGUCUCGAAAUAUGCCCCCUGCUAACACAAAGCGGAGAGACAGCAAACUGUGGAGCGAGACCUUUGAUGUUUGUGUCAAUCACAUGCUUACAUCUAAAGAAAUCAAGCGUCAAGAGGCUAUCUUUGAGCUUGCCCAGGGAGAAGAAGACUUGAUAGAAGAUCUGAAGUUAGCAAAAAAGGCUUACCAUGACCCAAUGCUUAAACUUUCCAUAAUGACAGAGCAAGAGCUGAACCAAAUUUUUGGAACAUUGGACUCUCUAAUUCCUCUGCAUGAAGAUCUUCUUAGGCGACUUCAAGAAGUCAGGAAACCUGAUGGAUCAACAGAACAUGUUGGCCAUAUCCUUGUGGGUUGG